AUGUAAUUUUACUUACUAAGGAAUGUUAAGAUUGAUUGUAACUAAGUAGCUUUAAGAAAGAAACUAUAUGAAGGAGGAGUUGAUGAAUAGAGAAAUCUCUUUAAACAAUCAAUAAUUAGAAUAUCAAAAGUUUGA